UUUGUCUUACGCGUGUGUGUGUGUGUAGAAUACCUAACAACGGCGAGGCGCAUCACUUGUCUUAGUAGUAAGUGUUUAGCCUGUAGGUUAUUGUAGGGCAAGCUGACCAAGUAGAUUUGUAUAAGUGAAACUCCGAACCAAAUAUGUCUGUUGCACAUCUCCAGCUGCAAGAUUCAUAUCACUAUCUAUGUGAUGGAGUUCAAGACACUGCAGUCAGUGUUGAGUCUAGCUGUGUAGAAGAAGUAAAUAAGGAAAUUAAUUCCAAUCGCUCAGGUGAAGUGCCUCUUGAGAGUGAAUCAGUGCCUCUCCAAAUAAAUGGUGUGAAACCAAAGACUGCAUUAAGUGGAAUGUCCAGUGAUCUCAGGUUGUGGACUACGUUACGUGAUGGUGAAGUCAACCUUAGGAUAGGAGAAACUGGUAAUGCUGCACUGCCCCCUAUAACUGUUCACGAGCUAUUUCUUCAGGCUGUGGAGAAAUAUGGAGAUUUUGUUGCUGUUGCAUCAAAGAAGGGAGAGCAGUGGAACAAAUUAACUUACAAGCAGUACUAUGCAGAGUGCAGAAGAGCUGCAAAAGGUUUUCUGAAGCUUGGACUUGAACGGUACCAUGGUGUUGGAAUCCUUGGCUUUAACUCACAGGAGUGGUUCAUUGCUGAUGUAGCUGCCAUCUUAGCAGGGGGCUUUGCUGUUGGAAUCUACACUACAAACUCACCUGAAGCUUGUCUGUAUUGUGCAGAGAAUAGUGACUGCAAUAUCUUAGUUGUGGAGAACCAAAAGCAACUGAAGAAGAUACUGGAGGUGCAAGAUAACAUUCCAAACUUGAAAGCCAUUAUUGUGUACAGUGACGAAAUGAAGGAAAAAAGACCAAAUAUUUACAGUUGGUCCGAGUUUAUUGAGCUCGGAAAGGAUGUUCCAGAUUCUCAGCUUGAUGAUAUCAUUGCCUCUCAGAAGCCUAAUCAGUGCUGUACUUUAAUUUAUACCUCUGGGACCACAGGACAACCAAAAGGAGUCAUGUUGAGCCAUGAUAAUUUAACAUGGACUGCGCACACAGCUGGAAAAACAGUAGGACUGAAGGAUGCUCUAGAAUUUCAAGAAACUGUAGUGAGUUACUUGCCUCUUAGUCACAUUGCUGCCCAAAUGAUCGACAUCUGGCUACCCAUGAAAUUUGGAGGCGCUACAUAUUUUGCACAGCCUGAUGCAUUAAAGGGUUCUUUGGUAGUCACUUUGAAGGAAGUGCGACCAACAGCAUUCAUGGGUGUACCUAGAGUAUGGGAGAAGAUGCAGGAAAAAAUGAAAUCUGUCGGUGCAAAGUCCUCAACUGUCCGAAGAAAAGUAGCAGCAUGGGCAAAGGAUGUGGGCCUGCAUACUAACCUUAAACGAAUGAAUGGACAAGCCACUUUGCCUUUAAAUUACCAUGUAGCAAAGAAACUGGUAUUUAAGAAAGUCCGCAAAGCAUUGGGAUUGGAUCGGUGUACAAAAUGCUACACUGGUGCAGCACCUAUAACUAAGGAAACCCUGGAGUUCUUCUUGAGCCUUGAUAUUCCUGUGUACGAGUUGUAUGGAAUGAGUGAGUGCACUGGACCCCACACCGUCUCUGUACCAAGUGCCUUCCGACUCACAAGCUGUGGAAAAGUAAUGUGUGGAUGUGAAACCAAAAUUCAUCAGCCAGACAGUGACAAGAGUGGUGAAAUCUGUUUUUGGGGCAGACACGUAUUCAUGGGCUAUCUCAACAUGCUAGACAAGACAGAGGAGUCUCUAGAUAAAGAUGGCUGGCUGCAUUCUGGGGAUCUUGGAAAACAUGACCAGAAUGGCUUCCUUUACAUAACAGGAAGGAUAAAAGAGCUAAUAAUCACAGCUGGAGGUGAGAACAUUCCUCCUGUGCCAAUAGAGGAUGCUGUAAAAGAACAGGUUCCUAUAAUCAGCAAUGCGAUGCUGAUUGGAGACAAAAGAAAAUUCCUCUCCAUGAUUUUAACACUAAAGAGUACGAUUAAUGAAGAUACAGGGGAACCAGAGGACAUUCUUACUCCAGAAGCUGUUGAAUAUUGCAAGAACCUGGGAAGUAAAGCCACAAGGGUGUCUGACAUUGUAGGUGGUAAAGACAAAACAAUUUACACUGCCAUUCAGGAAGGAAUCAAUGUUGUGAAUGAUUCUGCUAGUUCAAAUGCUCAGAAAAUACAAAAGUGGACAAUUCUGGACAAAGAUUUCUCCCUAUCUGGAGGAGAGCUGGGCCCUACAAUGAAAUUGAAGAGACCUGUUGUACUGAAGAUGUACAAUGAAAUAAUCGAUGCCUUUUACAACGAUGCAGUUACUCCAGUCACUGCAGAGAAUCCUCUUCCACCAAAAUAGUGGCCUUUUUGCACUUGAUACAAAGCCAAGUUGUAUAAUUGUUAAUGAGCAUAUGUAUGUUGGCACUGUGAGCUAAUCUCUUAUUGUAACUGUUAUGCAAAGUGUUAAUUGCAGAACUUGUACCAUGAUCUACACUGUAUUUAAGUUGAAUAUUUAUUAUGAAAAAUUGUUAAAUGAGCUUAUUUUUGUUUACACUAUGUAUUCAGCAGGGUCAGGUUGUUUUCUGACUCAUUUGAAGUAAUUUUGCCAUAUCUGGAGCUGACUUGCAUACUUCGAGAGUUCCAAACAAAGAAUAAUUUAUAUGACUUGA